AUGCCACCGAAGUUCACGCACCCGCGGCUGGUGCACCACGUGAGCCUGUUCACGCGCGUAAAGGCGUGGUGGCUCGGCAUCGAGAACCCUGAAGUGCUGUCGCGAUACGGCGAACGGGGUGUCGCGCGCACGGUGUGGAUCGAGUGGCGUGGGACUCUGGCCAUGUGCGCCGGCGGUUUCGUUUUCUUUAUUGGCCGUCAGCAGUCGAAGCAGGCGAAUGAUAUUCUUGACAACAUCGAGCUGAACCGCCAGCGCUUCUACCAACGGGACUUCACGCCGACGUACGUGCCUGGCGCGCCGAGCGCCGUGUACGAUGGCGUGAGGGGAUACAGCUACCGCGACGAGCCGAGUGGACUCAUGAUCAACGCGGACAACAAGUUGGUCUCCGAUGAAUCGCGAGCGGCGCGAGGCGAGCGCCUCGCGAAGACCGAAGUGACACCAGCAAUGGUCGCUCAGGCGCGCAAGCUCCUGCACAGCAGGCGCUACGAGGGUACGCCAGAGGGAUGA